CAGAGCCACACUGGCCACAAACCUCCUAAAGCUUUGUUAAACAGCACUGGCAUCACUGUAGAGAUCAUUGAGCACCAUGAAGCAUUUGUUGUUGGUGAUUUUGGGUUGGUUGCUGUCUCCUCGGCAGGCCCAUUGCAGGAGAGAUGACAGGACAAACUGCAAGCCACUAACAGCCAGCUUUUGUCAAGGUUUGGGAUACACCACCAGCCUCUAUCCGAACGGAGCUCAAGGCUUCAACCUACAGGAAAUUGGUCAGAUUGUGGGGACAGGCUGUUCACCGCACAUCGCCAUGCUCAUGUGUCGUGUUGCGGUGCCUGAAUGUGGCUCGGAGGACAACAGCCAGAUGAAACCGUGCCGAUCUCUGUGUCAGAAGGUCAAGACAGAGUGUGAGCCCGUUCUCAGAACAAGACGGUUGUUCUGGCCGAUGAGGGUCCGGUGUGAAUCUUUACCAGAAUCUAAUUGCGUGCAGGGUCAGGUGAACCCUGUUACUCAAGCCACCCCUUCAACAUGUCAGACACUCACUGUCCCUCUUUGCAAAGAACUCCAUUACACAGAAACUCUCCUGCCAAAUAUUCUAGGCCACCAAACACAGAACGACGCAGACCAGGAGUUACGUCAGUACUAUCCACUUGUAAGGGUGGGGUGCUCCCCUCACCUGAAGCCUUUCUUGUGCUCCGUCUACCUCCCCAAGUGUGUGUCGGGACAAGCUCAGUCUCCCUGCAGAACGCUCUGUGAACAGGCGCGAUCCAGUUGUGAGGGGCUGCUCAACAAGUCCGGCAUGCAGUGGCCUGAAGCUCUAAAUUGUGAAGCAUUUAACACAGAGUCCUGUGAGCACGAUCCACUCGUCAGUGUUACUCAAAGAUCUUCGACAUGUCAGACAAUCACCGUUCCUCUCUGUGAAGACCUGCCGUAUACAGAGACCGCCCUGCCAGGUGUUCUUGGUCACCAAACCCAGGAGGAGGCAGGAUUGGAGUUACAUCAGUUUUAUCCUCUUGUAAAAGUGAAGUGCUCCCCUCAUAUUAAGCCUUUCCUGUGCUCUGUCUACCUCCCUGAGUGUGUGUCAAGAAAACCAAGGCCUCCCUGCAGAAUGCUCUGUGAGCAGGCACGAUCUGACUGCGAGCCACUGCUGAAAAAGUUUGGCUUCGAGUGGCCUGCGUCUCUGAAGUGCGACGCAUUUAGCACAGAGUCCUGUGAACAUUAUGGCGUGAGCAGCACUGGUGAUAUCUGUGAGCCGAUCUCCAUUCCAAUGUGCCAGGGCCUCUCCUACAACCAAACCAUCGUUCCAAAUCUCCUAGGGCACACAAGUCAAAGAGAGGCAGCUAUGAAGAUGUCAUUUUUCAGUGCACUGGUGGAAACUGUGUGCUCGAAGGACACCCGCCUCUUCUUGUGUAGGGUGUACGCACCCCAGUGUGUGGCAGGGCAAGUGCAGCGACCCUGCAGGACAUUCUGUGAGAGAGCCAAACGGGACUGUGAGGGACUGACGAGCAGCUUUGGCAUCGCCUGGCCAGAUGAGUUGCAGUGCAGUUCAUUCCCAGAAGAAGCAUGUGUAUCAGAGGAAAGCCGACCUGAGAUGCUGAAUGUUGAAAGUGUUCUCGCUAAGCUGAAUGCUGCUGGCUAUUCUGUCCGUGGCAAAUCUCUAACCCUUAGGACUGCCAGUCUGCUGUUGACUCUCAUGGAUGCAGACAAGACCAGAGACUUGGAUGAGGCAGAGUUCUUCAAACUUGAGCGCUACGUGGCCGUCGUCAGGAGGGAGUAUGUGGGGAGCUCCGAGAGAAGGGAUCCUUUUUCUGUCCCUCGGAACCUAAUGAAAAAAAACUUGUCUGCCCGUGAAUUUGAUUUUGAUGAUGAAACCUUCAGCAUUUUGUGGCAAGGAUACAGUUCUCAAGGUGGUAUAGACUAUGACAACUAUGUGGCAGUCCUGACCAAACUUCAGAUCCUUAAAGAUCGCUUCCAGGCCCGUAUGCUGAAUUUGCCAUGUGACUGCCAGGUUGCCAGCUUCUCUUUCCAGCAGUUCUUGAAAGCAGCCAUAAUCUAAGGGUCACACAAGAACCUACACGAGUACCUGAUGAGGAAUGCCUUCCCAUAUUUGCUUUCUCAUCAACAUCCAACUGUCUGAGCUGUUCAAUGUCUUCUGUCAUUUGUUUUGUCUUUUGUAUGUUUUAUUUUUGAACCAUAUAUAUAAAUUGUUGUAAAAUCUUACAUCCUUUGGAUAUUUCAAUACUUUAUUUAACAAAGAAAAAAAUAUAUGUUUGAUUUGUACUAGAGUGCAGUAGUGAGGGAGACAAGUCUGUCUUUAUUUGGACUUGGACUUAGAAACAUAAGUUCCACCUGCAGAAAUAAAGAGCUUUAUGAAAUAUUCAUAGUCUGGAUGUCUGGAAAAAUUCUGCAAGACAAAGGGCUUCACUUUGCAAAUUGUAAACUGAUUACUGGUGUGUUUGAGACAAAUUCCCAUUAAUAAAACAAUGCAUUCAUUUCCAAAAGCAAA